GGGGUGGGUGGGUAGGUGCGGAGUUCCCCAUCCCACUCCGGAGGCUCGAGAUCGGUGUGCGGAGCUGUGUUUUUGGCUAUUCCCCUUCGAUUUGGUGUCAUCUCAUCGAACCAGCCACGUGAUAUACCUUGCUUUCAACUCCAUCACCUGGUUUGCUCUCCCGCAAAACCCGCCAUUGCUUGCUUGCUUGCCACUUGCUGCUGCUGCUGCUUCUGCUCGGCUUGGACCCAGACCACGCAGCAGAAGAAGAAGAAGAAGAAUAAGUAGCUCGGUGUGUGGUGUCAAAAUCCUAUCGCCUCUAACCUACGCGAAUAUGAAGAAUGAGGAAUAGCGGCUGCUGAUUCUGAGGUUUCCUCUGCUUUCGAGCGUAUCCUAUACAUCUUGGUCCUCAUUUUUUGGGACUAGGGUUUGGGCGUGCCAUCUUCCGCUCGGUAUCGGAGACAAAGGUCGCUGGAGAUUCUCGAGUGAGCGUGUAUGAGACCGUGAAAGACUGCGACGGACGUGGGCUUUCGGAGGUGUGUGAAGCUCUGGCGGUGUCGCCGGGAUAGUGUGGGGUUUUUCGUGGAGGGGCGUGGGACUAAACAGGGGUUUGGAAGUUUCAUCCUCAGGGUUUUGGCUGUUUUGAAGCUGGCAGGGUUCGGAUAUGAGUGCGAAACGUAGUUUAGGUCAUUACGUACGCGGGUUGGAUCGGUGGUUGUAAGGGGUUUUGGAGGUGGAGGGUGAACCUUAUCCGAGGAUGUUGCUGGUGAUGGACUAGGGUAGAACCUUGGAAAACUUCCGGUUAGAAUCAUGGGAGUGCUGUGAGUUCGAUCGUGGUGGGUUGAAUUAAAAGACAGGAAACGACGACUACAGAACAAGAGUUCGUGAAAGAGAGGCAUCGGUGGGUGGUUCUUGAAAGCUUAGCCAGGGUGUUGCACUGGUUUUGGUAGCCAGGACCCUGAAUUGGGAGUGGUACUGCUGCAAUAGAUGGCCUUCCAGGGCACAAAACUUAGGGUUUCUAAACGACGCUAGCAGAAGUUGUGGAAAACGGAGUGUGGUGAUCACACAGAUUUGCACCAUCUUUUUGAUACAAAUCACAGUGACAAAAAUAGUAAGCAAUUGAAGUUGCACAAGGUCAACGCGUUUGAUGAAAUUUAGAAAACGCACGCACGCUACAAAUCUCACCUCAGUUAUGAGCUUAGCAGAUACACGUGCAUCUUGUACUUCCGGUUCAGCCUUUCCUUCCAAAAAGUCCUGAUUUAGACUAUUGUAGCUGUCCAGUAUCCGGAUGCUACAAACAGUACCGCGAUUAGAGUCACUUGGAAUCUGGGCUACAUGCACUAGAAAGGCUCGAGAUGCUCUUUUCUCUUCUGUACGUCUGAUAAAGGCAGCAUAACAUCAUUUGCGAACAAUCGUGAAAAACCUGCCGGACUUGUUGAGUUCUGAACCUACAACUUCCACGGGGCACAAUAUACAGGACUGUGGAGUUGACCUCUGCCUUUAUUUCCUCUGGCGGUUUGAGUGGAGCUCAAGGUGUAAUUUGGAAGACGACUGUGAAGAACCUUAUGUACAUUGAAAGAUCCGGCGAUUGCAUCACUUUUGGCCGCGUUGCAUUACAUCCCGGAAGAACCAUCGCCAUGGAGUGUUGGAAUUCGCAAUAGUGUGAUGCUGAAGUGAUUUUAAAUGGAUGCUAUGGUUUCUUAGGCAUCAAGAGGGACGUUGGUUGGCAAUGAACGUUGGAGUUUGUUGGAAGGCUAUCAGGGAUUGUGGUGCUGAUGUAGCCAACACCCGCAUUAUUUUGGAUGUGUGAGGGGGAGGGGGAGAGGGAGAGGGGGUGAGAGCGAGAGAGAGCAGAAAGAGGGAAGGGGCUGGCAAAUGGAUUCUUUCAGGGUAAUGCCUGUGUAUUAUGACUAACCUCGAUGGCGUCCUAGUCUGAGGGAGAGGAUUUGCGGUGUUGUGUUUCGUGAAGAAAGUAGGACGAGAUUGGUGGUCGGCAGAAAGUGACGGUUGGGCUCCUGCCGGCAGACCUAUCAUGGUCUGUGGCGGGGAUGGAGAGAAGUGAGCCAUCCUUGGUCCCGCAAUGGCUCAAAGGAGCCGGCAGUGGCGGGGCUGGCGGGGCAAGCCACUAUUCGCAGGCGUCGUCUAAUCAUCAAGAUGAGAGCGGGGGAGGCUUUGCGUUGCGGCCCCGCGUUGCGUCGCCUGGGUUAACAAGUGGGGGCAGGGAUGCGGAGUACGACGCGCCACGCUUCCCACCCUCUUCGUCCUCCGAUCGGGCGUAUUAUUCAGCAAUUAGACGGGGACCGGGGGGAGGAAGCAGUGGCAUCAGCGACCGGUCAAUACAAGAGAGGGAGAGUUUUUCACGUGGGUACACCAAUUUUGGUCGCAGCAGUACGUAUCGCAGUUACGAUGCAGGUUUGGAUCGGAGUGACAGGGACACGGUUAGGGAACGGGACUGGGAUUGGGACCGAGACAGGGAGCGGGACGGGCGGGAUAGGAGCAGGGUUUUGGGAGGGUUGGGAGGAUCUGAGGAGAGGGAAAGAGAGCGGAGCGAGCAGCCUGAGAGUUUGUCCGCAUUUCGGAGGCCCGGAUUAGGUCAAUUGCCAGGGGGUCGGUAUGAGGCCGAUUUAAGUGCACCACUUCGACGAGUGCAGUCGAUGGGGUCGGCAGCUCGAGCGCUUGAGAACGGGGAGAAGAAAGCUGCGGAGGCGGGGAGCCUUCGGACAGCUCCCCCUUCGAAUAGCAGUGGGUUGACGAGCAGCAUGCAGAAAGCAGCAUUUGAGCGUAACUUUCCUUCUCUUGGUGCUCAAGAGAGGGGCGGUGGCGUGAGCGGCAUACAGUCGAACCUGGGGAACUUGGUGAUUUCGAGUCCACGGCCACUAUGGCAAGGUUCGUCCACACCGAGGAUGGAUGGAACAAGGUCGGCAGCAUCCUCACCCGGUCUGCCUAAUGGUGGCAGCCCUGGUAGCGGACUGGCAUCUACGACCGCGGGAGGCAGCAAUGGCGAAGGGUGGAGCUCUGCAUUAGCCGAGGCUCCUACUGCUGUGAAUGGCACGCUGGCCGGUCCUUUGAGCUCUCCUGGCACUGUGAUCACUUCGCCGACGUCGGCUCUAGCGAGCAUGUCAGUGUCUGGGAACCUUAUGAAUGCCCCGAAGAUGGCAGAGGCGCUGGUCCAGAUCCCUCCUCGCGUGCGCACCCCUCCACAGUAUUUGGUUGAGAAGGAGCGAUUGGAGGAGCGUGCAUUGCAGCAAUCUCGGCAGUUGAUUCCAAUGGUUCCAAAGACUCUGGGUCCUUCCCCUCGAGACAAGAAGGUGGAGCGGGCAGUGCAUGUGAUAGCUCCUCCGAACGCCUUGAAGGCAAGGCAGGGGAUGGGUAGCUCCCAGCAGGUUUUGAGCUCGCCGUACCGGCCACCGGCAUCUCGUCCCGAGGCUCCGAAGUUGGGGCAAGGAACAGGGAAGAUUUUGACGAGAAAGGUGCCUGUGAAGGAGGCGGUUCUGGUGGUAUCCCCUUCUCCAGUUACCACAGGCCUGAAAACUGAAGCUUCAGCAGUGGUGGCGACGGGUUUGGGAGCCCCUGGGUUGGGUGGAGGAAGCUCUGCAAGUGCAGUCGGGGUUUUGAACAGCGGUCCUCGUAAGCAAAAGCAACUUCUGGAUCGGCGUGCCGUUCCGAUUCCACCAGUUACAGCUGGUGCGAGUUCAGACGGGAGCAGCGGGGGUAUACGGUCGAAAGAUGGAAGUUUGUCUGGAGGUGAUGAACGUCGGCCGUGUGUGCCAACUCAAAAUCGUGUGGACUUUUUCAACGCUCUUCGAAAGAAAGCGGGUUUGGGUGGUACAUCGAAUGUUGUAGAUAAAUUGGACGUUGCAGCACCGAAAAGCGAUGAUUUGUUAAACGGUGUAGAGGUGGGGAAUGGGUUGUCGGAGGAGAGCGUGCAUCCGUUGGGGGACGCUGGUGAGCAUUCUGUGGGAGAGUCGUACCCGUCGGAGAACGGGGAGCGACAAGAGAUUGAUAGCAGCGGGGAUGGCGAAGGAGGUGGCUCCGACUCUGAGGUUUUUGGCACGGUGGGUAAAGAGAACGGCGGGAUGAUGGAGGGCACGACAGAUGACACCGGUGAGGAGCAGGUGUUUGAGGAGGGUGAUGGAUCUCUGCAGCAGCAGUUGGCAUCAGGGGAUGGGCCCUCUGAGGCCGAAGAGAUGUCGUUUUUGAUUUCACUUGGAUGGAGUCAAGCCGAUGCGGAAGAAACAGAUGCUUUGACGCAAGAUGAGAUCGAUGCCUUCAUUCAGAAGCGCAACGAAUUGACAUCUUUACCAGGCGCCGAACAGCGCUGCAGUAACAACCACCACAACCACAACCACAGCCGCAGGCGAAUGGAUCUCAAGAGGCGAAUGGAUGUCCAGGUGGGCAGCAUUGGAAGCGAGACAUCUUGUGUGACGACUUCCGACAGUGAGUCUGAUUGAUGAUUGGGUGGGGGGUAGACGUUUGAGGUGAUGAGGAUGAGGGCGGAAGUGUGGGCGUGAUGCGACAGCCACCUCCGAUGUGAGAGGUGAAGUAGAUAGAGACGGGCGACGAAGAGAAUGUGACGGAGGCGGUGGUAGGGUGGAAGGCUGGUGGAAGUGAUGUGUUUCACAGCAGUCUUGUAGGGGUGGUGGGAAUGGGAUGGGGCGAAGCUCAAUGAAGGAGCCUCAGAGAGGCAUAAGAGACUUGCAGCGGUCAAUUCUUGUAGAGGAAACAGAAUGUAUGCACUUGUCGAGCAGUUUCUCAGUGUAAUGGGUACACAGCAUUAGUAGCGAAUGCUGGGGAACAUCGGAACUCCAGGUUUUGACCACAGAUUCCAAUUGGCGUGGCUGUGAGCAGAUUGGCCACUGACGUCGUGUGUGUAUUGAGGAACGUUUUUGGUUUGUUUCUCCUCCCUAUUUUCUUUCCUGGUUAACAUAAGGGUACCCCUCCCCUCCUUCCCUGGGCGUGCGUUAAGCGGCUUGGGACCUCUCUGGACA